UAAAAAAAAAAAUCCUUACCAACCAUAGAUGGUGAUAUUUUCUCAUUCUCAGUACUAGGCUCUCUGCUGAUAGAUUUUCAAAACAUAACUUCCACUGCACGCCCAUCCUAAAAAAAAAAAGUAGUGUGUCUUUCUGUACAAUUACCAGGGGCAGCUCCAGAAAUAAUUACUAUGGAGGGCUUAAGUGGUGCCAAGGUGACAAUUUUGGGUUAAUAAGCUGAGGCAACCCAGAGCAACAAAAUUUUUGCUUUUUUUUAGCAGUAGUUAUCUCUUGUAGUCAUUAACAUGACUGAGCUAAUAUAAAUAAAUGCAUUGCUAAUGUCGCUGAUCCUGUAUUCUUGUGAGUGAAGAACUUUAAUCAACACAUGGUAAGUUAUGCCACACAAGGUACAAACGAGAAAUAAAAAAGACCACAUUUGUUUUACACGUGAAUUAAUUAUAUUGCCUUAUUAAACCAAAAUUAAAUGAACAACAAAACACUCAUUUUCAAUCAUCGAGAUGCAAAUGGAGAGCGUUAUGGCAGAACCGCCCCUGAAUUAGUUACAACGUUUCACUUUCAUAGUUACUGAAACGAGUUUUGUUUACUUUCUGUUUCAAUUGAAUUUGCCAACCAGUUUGGUGCAACGGGUAGCUGGGUCCAUUUUUGACUGACACUGCAUAGGACCUACCGAAUUUCCUCGUGUCAGAUACACCUCCUAAACCAAUCAGAGCUUCAACACACGCGGGCUGCCAAUGUCCAUGUUGGUGACAAAUAAGUAAAGCGCACCAAUAUUACUUCCUUAUUGACGUUUGUAAAGCAGAACAAAAACAAGACAAUUAUUAACCCCGAACCCGACAUUUACAAACAUGGAGGAAUGUUCAAGUACAUUAACAAGCAAAGAAGAAGUCUGUGUGGACUAUUUGAACUACUAUGAAAGUGCCUGGCCCGGAGGUAAACGACUAGUCUGCAAGGAGCGAAACGUGACAGAAAAGGCGAAGCAGUUCCUCAAAUCCGAGUCCAGCCCAGGAGAGAGGUUCACCGUUUUCGGUUUUUAUAAAAUUACUCAAGAGUGCGUCAAAGCUAGUAAAGGUGGAUGUCGCGAUGUGCUCAAUGGGCUGAUAAAAGCCACUGAAGUCCUAGAAAUGAUUUGUGUCAAUCUGUUUCUGUUCCCUUGGAGAAAAGAGAUCAGAUCGCUUAAGACCUUUACCGGGCCCUUUGUGUACUUCAUUCAACCUGUGCUGCCGCAAGACGUCAUCACCACAAUCCUAGAGUGGAUAGGGUACAAGCCAGAAACGAAGACCGAAUACAGAUUGAGCAAGGACAAUGACAAUACAAGGACCAAGCAAAUCGGGUUCGAGCUGUUCCUGGCCAGGCAAGAAUGUGAGUGCAUGCUGGAAGCCAUGGCUGACAUGACAGACUCUGAAUGCAUGGAAGUCCUUCAAAAAAGAUCUCCAGAGCUUGGUGGGUACACUGAGCGCUCUGAAAGUUUAAAAGAUGGGUCACAGCAGGGGAAGUUGGCCCUGCUUAUGGAAGAACAAGCACCAACUGAACCCGUUUUACCUCCUGAAACUGCAUUAACACAAGGUGAUCAGGUGUCUUUUGAAACGAUGAGUGCUGUUGAGGAUUCAGAAAAAGUGCCACAGAAAGCAGAGUUAACCUCUCCUCUGCUUGCUUUAGACCAAGCCAAAGCAGAUAGACCUACAGAGGUGAAAAGCACAGUUUCCACUUCUAUUAGUGAGGACAACUCCAUCACAGAUAUCUAUGCUGCCUACCCUGACCUUGCUAUUGGCCAGAAACCCAUCUUCAGAGAAGCUCAGAAGUUGAAGAUCUCUGCACAUGAGGGCAACAGCUCAGAGAAUCCCAGAAGGCCUGACUUGGCCACGGAAGCUUCCCCAGCAGAGUUAAAUAGAAUUGACGAUCAGAGUGACUCCCCAUCCAUUACCAUGUUCUCUGAUUCUCAGUUUCAAUAUUCUAACAAGAAGGAAGCAGGAGCAGAGACAGCUGCCAGCCCUACAUAUUUCAAAGACCCAAAAGGAUCAGGUUUGUUCCACAGUUCUUAUAAAGAGGUUCAUUGUAAUGCGGUUUCUGAAAAGCAGCCAAACGUGGAUGAGUUGGCUUUAAUGAUUACCAACAUGAGGAUUAAGGAGCAUAAUGAGGAAGACCUGAAACACCCCAUUGAAGAGACCUCCCAGCAUGAAAACAGUGAGUCUGUCUUCAUUAAUGUAAAGCAUCCUGGUUCACCCAAGGACCAGACACGCCGGAUUGUCUGUAACCCCUCCCCAGUUCUGAUAUGCCAAGUGCCUGACUGCAGAAGCUGUGUGGACUGUAAUGGGAGGCAAAUGUUCUUGAAUGCUGAUGCUCUGGGACACAUUACAGAGCCACCGCAGUCUUUCUAUAUCCCACCCAAAAGCCUUGAGAACCAUCACCCCAUUGAAGAGUCAGCUGACUGCAGUUCCAACUUCUUUCAGUCAGAAUGUAACUAUAGUGAGAACUGUCAUCCACCACCUAUUACCAGAGAGCCACAGCAAGCAGACCAUGACGAUGGCUAUGUUUUCUUGUAAAAAAUAAAAAUGGUACACAAUAGAAAUAAGCACCCUCUAGUAAGCAAGGUCUUUCUGACUGUAUAUUCAUGACAAAAUAUGUUUUCGAUUUUUACCAAAGUCUACUAACUGUGAAUGUGUAUUAACUGCCUAAUUUUCCGAAAAAGCAAUUCUGAACAUUUGAAAGAAUGCAAUAUUGGAUUGCAUUCCAAAACACAUCAAAUGUGAACCUGGGGGCUUGUUUAAAUAUAUAAAUAUUUACAUAUACAAGAAAACAUUGUAAUUUACAAAGAAGCCAAUUUAGAAUAUCCAAUUAUUAUUUUUAAGCUUGGUGCAUCAUUAUAGGGCGGAGUGCCUUUUACCAGAUAUGCCACUUGGGAGCACCUAGAACGUGUUAUUUUUAACAAAACCUUUUAUGAAAAAACAUUAGCUUUUAAAAUUUUAAUUUUGCAUUUAUUGAUGAUCAGUAUAUUAUGAUUUGAAAACUGAAUUUAAAUAGCAGAGAAUUAUAAUUUGAUCCUGUUUUUAUUACAUGACAUUUUAGUGUGUCGGUUCAUGUCAGGGUUUAUUUAUCUUUGGCAAUAAUGCAGACAAAGAGCUGUAAGGUAUCUCAAAGAAGCAAAUGUGAUAAGCUUCCAGCAGAUGCUUUGUAUGAAGUUAAGCGCCUUGGCGUAAUUAAACUGGAUGAAAUCUUUUCAAUAAAUAUCUUAAAAACAA